CAGGGUCACAGUGAGGCCCAUGCACAGUCUUACACUGGACGGCGGGGCCGCUGGUGUGUCAACACCGACCGGUGCAUAAAUUACAGUAUUUAGGAGAAAAGUGGGUUUGUGUGAUUGUGCGCCUGCAAAACGUCGGCCUCAAUUCUAGUCAUUGUCCGUCUCGGCGUCAUCGAUCGAACGUCAAUACAGACAAAUCGCAGUCAUGGCGUCAACAUGGUGGACGAAGUCACAGAUGUGCGCGCAGAAGAUUGUCGAGUAUGUCUGCUGUCAAGAUGGCGGUUGUUGUGAGUGUUGUCUUAAUGGAAAAAAGCAGAAACUCACUAAAUCUGACAUUCAGCACUCCUUCAGACAUUCAAAUUCAAGGCUUGAUUCCACUAGUUCAAAUGCCGAGAGCUACAAAAGUUUCCGAGAUCGCGUGGAAUCGGAUUCCGCGACUUCACGAACGGACUCGGUGUCGUCUGCCUCUCAGAUCAGCGGCGACUUCCGGAAGGGAAUGAACACGCCCAUUAUUGAUAUGAAGCCAAUUGAAUUUUGGGCGGCAAACAAAGAAAGUGUUCAACCGCGCCAAGGUCGACGACGUCUUCCAAGUGAAACUGAAAUUAGCAUCGAAAACUUCCAGAGAGAUUUGUACGAGGUUGAGGAAGAUGCCGAGCCGUGUCUGACGGACGAAGAAAAGUUAGCUAAGUUUCAGCUUGGCCAAAUACAUAUAGGUCUACAGUACGAAGUAUCCACGAAAGUUCUUGUCGUCAAGGUGAUUGAAUCUAAGGACUUGCCGCCGCCAUAUUGUUUAGAUGAAAACAAACAAGACAUGGCUCACUCCAAUCCUUACUGUAAGGUUUGCUUGUUACCAGACCAGAAAAAUUCACAGCAGACUUCCGUACAACGUAAAACACAGAAUCCGACUUGGAACGAGUACUUCAUGUUUGAAAUUCCAUUCCAUGAAGCACAGAUGAGAACUCUGGAGAUUCUCAUCAAAGAUUUCGACAGAUUUUCGCGCCAUUGUAUCAUUGGACAGGUGUACCUGCCUCUCUCCAACAUCAAUCUCAUUAAGGGAGGUCACAUGUGGAAGCCACUGAUGCCAAGCACUAAGGAGCGACAGGACCUUGGUGAGAUUCUCCUGUCCCUGAACUACCUGCCGAGUGCUGGACGACUGAACAUCGACGUGAUCAAGGCCAAACAGCUCCUACAGACAGACAUGGUCGGGGGAUCAGACCCUUUCGUGAAGGUCACCAUGGUUCACUUCGAGAAGCCGAUCAAGACCAAGAAAACCACCUGUAAGAAAAAUACGAUUGACCCUGUUUUCAACGAGUCGGUCAGUUUCAACGUAACACCACAACAGUUGGAAAAUACUAGCAUCGUUGUAACGGUGUGGGAUUAUAACUCCAAAAGCCGGGAUGAUUUCGUGGGUCGAGUAGUUAUUGGCAAAUACGGGACGGGCCCGCACGAGUUCACUCACUGGAGCCGGAUGUUAAACUCGCACCGAUCACCGGUUGCGCAGUGGCACUCGCUGCGGACCCGCCAAGAAUGCGACCAGGUUUCACCGGCAUCGAUAGCUGUGCCAUGAUGACACUUGGACGUUUCCUAGAAAACUCCCACCGGCAACAACAUACUGCAGGCCAGCUAAAUGGGCACAAACAAGCCGACUUUGCUUGUGCUCCAACUCAACACUAAUGCUAACAAGCGCCACUUAUUGUCCCUCAAUUUGGACAAGAUGCUGUUUGGUUUAUCAGGAUACUUUCAAAACAAAAACAGUAUUAUAGAACAUGCUAAUAACAUUCCACACGCGAACUUGGUAUACAAUCUCAAUCCUGUCCCCGAUAUUAUAUAUAUUUAUGGUGUAUGAAUUUGUACCAAGUCCCUGUGACAAAUCAUGACAGUUUUAUAACUUCAACUCCUGGUAUUGUCGUCAGCGAUACACACCACUGGGUGCAACGGAAAACAAUAAUUAUACCGCCGUUAACGGGGGGAAACGACCGCCUACAUGGAAUCAUUUGGUUUAUUAGUGUCCGGGGAAUUCGUCCAAGUCCAAGUCACAACUAUCCACUUUGUGGUGAACUUUGUGGUGUAUAAUUUAAUGUGUGAACUACACUGUACUUUUAUUUCCCUUUAAAAGUAUUUUGUCGUGUAUAAAAUAUGAAAUCCAUUAAAAAGAAAUCCAGCUUAACGUAAAAUUUCAGAAGCAUGAUUUUAACAGGAUUUGAGAUUGAAGAUUUUCAAAAUAAGUUUUCUUGCAACUUAUUAGGCUUCCUAGAAAUGUGUUUGCUGUUGAUAUAAAUAUGUUCUACACUUUCUAGAUAACAUUUUUUGUUAAUCAUAACCUCUUUAUAUAUGGUAUACUUAGUAUUCAAUAACAAGCAAUAUUACACCAACUCACAAAUAUUUGCUAAUUGAAGAAACAUUGAUAUAAUUAAAGGGUUGGAAUAGAUACAUCCUGUUACAAUUUGUCUUUAUAACACACGCGUUGAGCACCACACACCACUAACUACAUCGUGUGUCGAGGAUUUUUACUAUAUUGUUUUUGUUUAUGAAAAUGAUACGGAACUGCUGGGUGAUGCUGAUAAAUAUUGUAAGUGUUGUGGCAUUACAUUAAUUCCUGUUGGUGUGCCGUUAAAAUGAUGUGACUAUUUAACCAAGUUAUAUCUAGAUGUACAUGUACCGGAACAGGAAGUUUGUGCACAAAUUCUAAGAUCAAAAUCUACAUCCGGCGUAGAAAACAUGAACACAUGGACGCUACUUGUGAUUAGAUGAAAAGUGUUGUCUGCUAUAUAGUGAUUGUUGUAGCAGCCCAACUGAUAAAGAGGACAUAUUUAAAUUUAAUUUUAGAAUAUAUAUAUUUUUUUCGAAAUGACCUGUGUAUUAUGGAGUAUUAUGAAUUUGUGUCAAAGUACAUGUACUGUAUAUUUUGCGCUGUCGUUAUUUAUUGAACACAGAUUUAUUGACUCUAAUCCCACAUGUCACCAUGGUUGUGUUAUUGGUGACAAAUGUUGUACAGAUGUAUGUGUGUUUGCGGCAGACAGCUAUAUGAAUUAUGUGUGCAUUGUUGUUUUAACGAUUAGUAAGGUGGAAAAGAUAAAAGUUAUUUUCCUGUGGAAAUGUGACAUGAUAACUUCAUGAAUCUAUCAGGGAUUUGUAUGUGAAAAGUUCUAUGUGUCCCGUACUUAGAUCACCGUGUCAUGAUUCGGUCAAAUCAAGAUGUCGUUAUUACAACUCCAGAUAUCAAAUGUCAUUGCGUGUUUGUUCGGUGUUAAAACACACAACUUGUUAGUCAAACCAUCACUGUUUUAGCUCACCUGACCCUAAGGGCCAAGUGAGUUCGUGACAUUCUGUGGCGUCCGUCCUCCAUUGGUCAGUCAACUUUUUUCUAUGAAUCGCUACUUGUCAUAAACACCUUGAUCAAAUUUGGUGAAGGAGGGUGUUAGCUCAAUGGGCAUAUCCUUCAUGUUCUGUAGAAAUGAUAGGAUUUUAUCCACAUUUUGUCUUCGUUGAUGAAGGGACUCGCUUUAGUAUCAAUGGGAUCUGACAGUAGGUGGGGAUGGGGGAACAGGUCUGUAUAGCUACGAUAAAAGGUCGGGGAUUGUGUGCAGGAAACGACUGUAGUUGUGGCGACAGGUUUGAAGUGGGGAUAUGUCAGUUGUGUGGGUAUGUCAGUUGUGGGGAUAUGUCAGUUGUGUUGGUAUGUCAGUUGUGGGGAUAUGUCAGUUGUGUUGGUAUGUCAGCUUUUCUGUGGGCAGGUCUAUAGUGUGGACAGGUCUAUAGUGUGGACAGGUCUAUAGUGUGGAUAGGUCUAUAGUGUGGACAGGUCUAUAGUGUGUACAGGUCUAUAGUGUGGACAGGUCUAUAGUGUGGACAGGUCUAUAGUGUGGACAGGUCUAUAGUGUGUACAGGUCUAUAGUGUGGACAGGUCUAUAGUGUGGACAGGUCUAUAGUGUGGACAGGUCUAUAGUGUGGACAGGUCUAUAGUGUGGACAGGUCUAUAAUGUGGACAGGUCUAUAGUUGUGUGGACAGGUCUAUAGUGUGGACAGGUAUAUAGUGUGGACAGGUUUAUAGUGUGGACAGGUCUAUAGUGUGGACAGGUCUAUAGUGUGGACAGGUCUAUAGUGUGGACAGGUCUAUAGUGUGGACAGGUCUAUAGUGUGGACAGGUCUAUAGUGUGGACAGGUCUAUAGUGUGGACAGGUCUAUAGUGUGGACAGGUCUAUAGUGUGGACAGGUCUAUAGUGUGGACAGGUCUAUAGUGUGGACAGGUCUAUAGUGUGGACAGAUCUAUAGUGUGGACAGGUCUAUAGUGUGGACAGGUCUAUAGUGUGGACAAGUCUAUAGUGUGGACAGGUCUAUAGUGUGGACAAGUCUAUAGUGUGGACAGGUCUAUAGUUGUGUGGACAGAUCUAUAGUGUGGACAGGUCUAUAGUUGUGUGGACAGGUCUAUAGUUGUGUGGACAGGUCUAUAGUUGUGUGGACAGGUCUAUAGUGUGGACAGGUCUAUAGUGUGGACAGGUCUAUAGUGUGGACAGGUCUAUAGUGUGGACAGGUCUAUAGUGUGGGAAGGUCUAGUGUGGACAGGUCUAUAGUGUGGACAGGUCUAUAGUGUGGACAGGUCUAUAGUAUGGACAGGUCUAUAGUGUGGACAGGUCUAUAGUGUGGACAGGUCUAUAGUGUGGACAGGUCUAUAGUAUGGACAGGUCUAUAGUGUGGACAGGUCUAUAGUGUGGACAUGUCUAUAGUGUGGACAGGUCUAUAGUGUGGACAUGUCUAUAGUGUGGACAGGUCUAUAGUGUGGACAGGUCUAUAGUGUGGACAGGUCUAUAGUGUGGACAGGUCUAUAGUUGUGUCGACAGGUCUAUAGUUGUGUCGACAGGUCUAUAGUUGUGUCGACAGGUCUAUAGUGUGGACAGGUCUAUAGUGUGGACAGGUCUAUAGUGUGGACAGGUCUAUAGUGUGGACAGGUCUAUAGUGUGGACAGGUCUAUAGUUGUGUCGACAGGUCUAUAGUUGUGUCGAUAGGUCUAUAAUGUGGACAGGUCUAUAGUGUGGACAGGUCUAUAGUUGUGUGGACAGGUAUAUAGUGUGGACAGGUCUAGAGUGUGGACAGGUCUAUAGUGUGGACAGGUCUAUAGUGUGGACAGGUCUAUAGUUGUGUGGACAGGUCUAGAGUGUGGACAGGUCUAUAGUGUGGACAGGUCUAUAGUUGUGUCGACAGGUCUAUAGUGUGGACAGGUAUAUAGUUGUGUCGACAGGUCUAUAGUUGUGUGGACAGAUCUAUAGUGUGGACAGGUCUAUAGUUGUGUGGACAGGUCUAUAGUGUGGACAGGUCUAUAGCGUGGACAGGUCUAUAGUGUGUACAGGUCUAUAGUGUGGACAGGUCUAUAGUGUGGACAGGUCGAUAGUGUGGACAGGUCGAUAGUAUGGACAGGUCUAUAGUGUGGACAGGUCUAUAGUGUGGACAGGUCUAUAGUGUGGACAGGUCUAUAGUGUGGACAGGUCUAUAGUAUGGACAGGUCUAUAGUAUGGACAGGUCUAUAGUGUGGACAAGUCUAUAGUGUGGACAGGUCUACAGUGUGGACAAGUCUAUAGUGUGGACAGGUCUAUAGUGUGGACAGGUCUACAGUGUGGACAGGUCUAUAGUGUGUACAGGUCUAUAGUGUGUACAGGUCUAUAGUGUGUACAGGUCUAUAGUGUGGACAGGUCUAUAGUUGUAUGGACAGGUCUAUAGUUGGGUGGACAGGUCUGUAGUUGUGUGGACAGGUUUAUAGUUGUGUGGACAGGUCUAUAGUUGUAUGGACAGGUUUAUAGUGUGGACAGAUCUAUAGUUGUGUGGACAGAUCUAUAGUUGUAUGGACAGGUUUAUAGUUGUAUGGACAGGUUUAUAGUUGUAUGGGCAGAUCUAUAGUUGUGUGGACAGACACGUAGUUGUGUGGACAGAUAUAUAUAGUUGUAUGGACAGGUUUAUAGUUGUAUGGACAGGUUUAUAGUUGUAUGGACAGGUCUAUAGUUGUGUGGUCAGGUCUAUAGUGUGGACAGGUCUAUAGUGUGGACAGGUCUAUAGUUGUGUGGUCAGGUCUAUAGUUGUGUGGACAGGUCGAUAGUUGUGUGGACAGGUAUAUAGGUAUGUAGGUAUGUAGGUAUGUAGGCAGGUCUAUAGGUAUGUAGGCAGGUCUAUAGGUAUGUAGGCAGGUCUGUAGUCUGUGCGCCUGUCUAUAUGUAUGUAGGCAGGUCUAUAUGUAUGUAGGCAGGUCUAUAGGUAUGUAGGCAGGUCUAUAGGUAUGUAGGCAGGUCUAUAUGUAUGUAGGCAGAUCUAUAGGUAUGUAGGCAGGUCUAUAGUUGUAUGGGUAGGUCUAUAGUCUGUGCGCCUGUCUAUAUGUAUGUAGGCAGAUCUAUAGGUAUGUAGGCAGGUCUAUAGGUAUGUAGGCAGGUCUAUAGUUGUAUGAGUAGGUCUAUAGGUAUGUAGGCAGGUCUAUAGGUAUGUAGGCAGGUCUGUAGGUAUGUAGGCAGGUCUGUAGGUAUGUAGGCAGGUCUUUAUGUAUGUAGGCAGGUAUGUAGGUAUGUAGGCAGGUCUAUAGGUAUGUAGGCAGGUCUAUAGGUAUGUAGGCAGAUCUAUAGGUAUGUAGGCAGGUCUAUAUGUAUGUAGGCAGGUCUAUAGGUAUGUAGGCAGGUCUAUAUGUAUUUAGGCAGGUCUAUAGGUAUGUAGGCAGGUCUAUAGGUAUGUAGGCAGGUAUGUAGGUAUGUAGGCAGGUCUUUAGGUAUGUAGGCAGAUCUAUAGGUAUGUAGGCAGAUCUAUAGGUAUGUAGGCAGGUCUAUAGGUAUGUAGGCAUGUAUAUAUAGGUAUGUAGGCAGAUCUAUAGGUAUGUAGGCAGGUAUGUAGGUAUGUAGGCAGGUCUAUAGGUAUGUAGGCAGGUCUGUAGGUAUGUAGGCAGGUCUGUAGGUAUGUAGGCAGGUCUAUAGGUAUGUAGGCAGAUCUAUAGGUAUGUAGGCAGAUAUAUAGGUAUGUAGGCAGGUCUAUAGGUAUGAAGGCAGGUAUGUAGGUAUGUAGGCAGGUCUGUAGGUAUGUAGGCAGGUCUAUAGGUAUGUAGGCAGGUCUAUAGGUAUGUAGGCAGGUCUAUAGGUAUGUAGGCAGGUCUGUAGGUAUGUAGGCAGGUCUAUAGGUAUGUAGGCAGGUCUGUAGGUAUGUAGGUAGGUCUGUAGGUAUGUAGGCAGGUCUGUAGGUAUGUAGGCAGGUCUGUAGGUAUGUAGGCAGGUCUGUAGGUAUGUAGGCAGGUCUGUAGGUAUGUAGGCAGGUCUAUAGGUAUGUAGGUAUGUAGGUAGGUCUAUAGGUAUGUAGGCAGGUCUGUAGGUAUGUAGGCAGGUCUGUAGGUAUGUAGGUAGGUCUAUAGGUAUGUAGGUAUGUAGGUAGGUCUGUAGGUAUGUAGGCAGGUCUAUAGGUAUGUAGGUAGGUCUAUAGGUAUGUAGACAGGUAUGUAGGUAUGUAGACAGGUCUAUAGGUAUGUAGGCAGGUCCGUGUCGCUAACCCAGUGUGACAAUGUCCUAUCAGGGUAUGGUGACUUCUCCACUCGCUACACUGAGAGACGAUACGCCGACAGAAGCGUAAUUUUGAUCAAAAUAGAUUUUUCGAAUGUAACGUUAGGCAUAUUAAAUUGGGAGGACGGGCGAUGGUUGUGUUGUGAAAUGUCUUUUACUGAACAUUUUAUUACUUCAGAAUAUGUUGUAUUUAGUUAUACAGCAACCACAACGAGAAUUGUGUACAAACCACGACUCGUAUCUACUUCUCUAAAUGUACCCAUUCCUUGAUUGGUACACAAGAUAAAAGCUUCGAUUCCAUUCGAGAUGGAUCAAAGUUAACGAUUUCAACAAAACUUUGAUUUCUAACAUCGUAAAAUAUGUCAUAUUUUGUUUUCUGUAUAAAACUAAUGUAGAAGUAUAGGAAACUGAAAUAAAAAGGAAAUAUUUUCAACCAUUGAAAAAUAGUUAAUUAAACUCACCUGUCACUCUGUCAGACUAGAACGCGUGGUUUCCGAACUGGGCGAUUUCCGACACUCGUCUACGCAGAACUAACACUCUGUUCAAUAUUGCAAUAUACAGUACAGGAAAAUCUACCGUUGGAUUUGUGGAUUUCUCCCAAAACCAUACCGGCACAACUAGCUUAUCUUUGGUGAUGAUGGGUUAAAUGUUAAGGUUAAUAUUGUGGUUUAAACGUGACCAGACAGAUACCAAUGACAUUUUAACUGUUACUGAGGUUUAAUUGGCUGUAUAGCUUCUUGUUGUUUCAAUUGUGAUGAUAUGGUACGGUGAAAAUAUCGCCAUUUUAGAUUGACGAAAUUAUGUUUUUCGCGGAUAUUUCCAAACAUAUUUUUGUUAUGCGAUAAACAAUAUCUUAAAUUAGUUGCCAUUUCAUUUGAAAUUCAUGAAACUCGUUACGAAAUUAAUGUUCAUUCAAACUCGCCAGAGGCUUGAUGUAAACUUUAUUUAUUUUACAACAAUUACGAAACAAGUUAUAUCAACUUAUAUUUAUCACGCUUGUUGGCCCGAAUAAAAGCGCGCGAGCGUCUUACUGUGGCAGAGAACCCACGUGGUUGGGUUAGGUGACCCCAUAUGUUUUUCACGUCCAUUCUGGGAAUCGAACUUCGACCGUCUUGUUGAAAGGCAAGUGUGUUACCACUGUGCCACCCGAGGCUCGACGAAAUGGAGAACUCUUAAGACUCGUUACAUGCAUUUCAUAUGAAAAUGGAACUUAUUGGAGAUAAUCUAAUGUAAUAUGUAUUGAAAGUUGGUCAUCAUUUAACAGGAUAUGGUGACACGUUUACGAAUUAAAUUCGCGAGAUUAUUUGAUGUACUCUUUGCCAAUAUCAAUAUGUGAAAUAACAUCUCCAAACUGGUUUCAGGGUACAGCGUAUUGAAGUCUAUUUUACGUGUACUUUUCCGAAUGAUAAUUGUCUGUUACCUUUGCAUUAUAUGUACUUAUCGUCAAUACCUGUUUAUUAUUGAAAUUGUUUUUGUGUAAUAAGUCACGUGUUGUUAUAAAAUGUUCUAAGUUGACCAUAGUUCUGUCCAUGUCGAGAAAAGACACUCGUAUUUUUGUAAAAACUGAUGCCAAAAUUUGCCGUACCAUACAUAUAAGUUUGUAUAAAAUUAGUAUGACGUUAGACUGAUGUUCAAAUUUCGUUUGUUGAUCAAUAUCUGCAGUUGUGACUUACGUUAGUUAUAACAAUAAGCCAAAAUGAUAUAUAUGACAUAUUUUAGGUUGUCUUCAUUUAUUUUUAUAUGCUACAGUAAAGACGUUUUUAGUGCGCUAUUAACGAUGAUAAAUGUCCAUGACCUAUAUACAUGUAUGUACAGUUCAUUGUACGUAACGUAUUGGUUGUUAUAAAUAACAUAAUAAAGUGAUUUUACGUAAUAGCU